GGCAGUUGGCGUACAUUGCUUCGUCGGCGUUCAGAAAAUCAGAGAAUCUUGAAUCAGUUCGAAAGUAGACUCGCGGUUGUUCGGACGCCAGACGCAGUGAAUGAAAAGCGUACGUGCAUUUCGGAACUUCUAAAUUCAAAUUGAAAAUUUCAAUUGUUUUCUUUCCAAACAGCGGAGAUUUUUAGUGGUCAGUGUUGUGUUUUGAUAUUGCAAAUCGUGUCAGUUUGUGCAUGCGACUUUAAAUUGGAUACCGUACUUUAAACUUGAUUUGAUCGUUUCUGCUGGAUUGUUUAUUGUAUGACCUGAAGUAAAAUGUUCUCUCAGUGAAGAUAUGGAUCCGCUUACGUGGUUGUCACUCGGGCUACAGCUGGCGGCGUUGUGCUCCAUCGUCGGAGCUCUGCUGUUGUACCUGCUGAGGAAGGUGCGAGUGGCUGAGGUGCUACCGGUUGAUAGUGCCAAGACAGUGUUGGUCACAUCUGUGGACACCGCGCUUGGUUUACAGAUAGCAACAUAUUUAAGCGACCGCGGAUGGCGAGUGAUCGCUGGGUGCCGACAAGGCGGGCUUGGCGCCCGGCUAGCUGAGUCGUGGCUGCAGGCGCACGCGGCAGCCACCCCUGAAGACCAGCCACCGCCGAGGUUGGCCACACUCGAAUUGGACGUGGCCCGGGAAGAUUUACUGGAAGAAGCCGCCAGAGCUACAGCUCAGCACUUACCUGCUGGUGAACAUGGUAUAUGGGCAGUAAUCAACACAGCAGGAAGCAGCGGGCGCGGAGGUGCAGCGUGCUGGGAAAGCGCGCUGCGUGGUAACGUGCUCGGCGCACUUCGGGUGGCUCGCACCUUCUCACCGCUCCUCGCAGCCGCUGCUGCUGACCAUCCUCAUGCUGGACGACUUUUCUACAUCGGAUUAACAUCAGACACGGGUUGCGAGAGCCUGUCGCGUUUAGAGUCAGGCGAUACGAGCGAGCUGAGCGCUGGUGCGGCGGCGGCGCGCUGGGGCACGUGGGGCGCCGCCCGUGCGCUCCGUGCAGGGCUGCGCUCGCGCCGCCUGCACGUCGUGCUGCUGCACGCGCCCGACCUCUCCACCGCCGAGAUAUACGCGCCGCCCGUGCAAUUAGCGCCACCGAGCUUACCUGCCAGUCGACCAGAGACCCCAAAUUCAGAUGUGAGUGGAAGCACAGCUAGCUGCGCUGUAACCAUGCCUGGAGAAGCCGCUGAAUAUAGCGCAAAGGUUUUGCCAACAAGUGCACUGAAAAUUCUUGAAGAUGCGCUAACGACGCCGGCUCCUAGAGACUCCUACUAUCUUAAGAUGAAACACGACUCUUGGUUUACAAGAUUACCCUCGCUAAGAGUGGCGUGAAACUAUUCUGUCAUAUCAUCGCCUUGUAUUAUAGCACAUAAUCACUGGAUAAGGAAAAUGGGCGUGGAAGAUUGUAAACGUUUGGCUUGAUUGUAUAGGUAACCCUAUCAAUUGCUUUGGUAUUUUUUAUAAUUUAAGAAUGUAGUUAAAAUGUAAUGUGCCUAAAUACGUGCUAUUAUUGUCUUCAAAUCUGGGCCUGUAGGUAGAUUGGUAACAUUUAUUUAUCAAUACUGAAAAAAUGCGAAACAUAUGUGACUGUUUGAAAGCUUUAAAUAUAUAAAGUAAUAUUACUAUAGCUUUAUGUCAAUAUAGUUUAUGUGUCAUCGCUAAUACAGGUUAUGGGCCCAGUUUCAUUCGUGUAUCAUACUAAUCAUAUUUAUAUUUUAUUAAACAGUAAUAAGUAUGCAAAUUAUAUCACUGUGCUAAAUAUAAAUUCCAAAGGGUAAGGGUUUUUUUUAAUAUCAUAAAUGUGUCGAUUAAAGAUUAACCAAGCCAUUAUUUGGAAGACAUAUGUUAACAAAAUCUAACUUUAUGUGCUUAUUAUAGUUACUUACAUAAGUAAAUACUAUAUGUACCAAGAAUUAUUGUUUGUUUAUAAAUUUAAAAAUCGCUUAUCAUCAAAAAUUCAUCAAAAAGCCACGGUGAUGGUUAAACAUGUAUCUAAUUGCAUGCACUUAUUUUUGCUAAUUUAUAUAUUGUACUUAUUGCUUAUUUUAAACAAUAUAAUAGAUUAGUGUGUAAUUAAUUAAAAAUAUAAUAAUCUGGUCAUAAAACAUGAAUAAUUGUAUGUAUUUGAGCCUUUCUAUUAUCUUGUAUUUUUACAUUAAUUUCCGACAAUAUGAAACAAUGAACGAUAUACUCGUAUAAUUAAUAUACAUAGUCGAGUUUUUCAUAGAAAUAGAAUUAUAGGGUUCUACUUAUUGUAAUAUAUCGACCUACUCAUCCCCCAUCAAAGGCACGGGAUAGUGGAUGUAUUAUAUUCGUGAUUGUGCCAAAUAAAGUUAUCCCAAUAAAAAAAAACUAAUCCAGAUAGUCUAUGGUAAGAUUAUUUAUGGUACCUAGAUACCUUUCAAUUUUUAGGAAGGUGAUGGAUUUUUAUUAUACUAAACUAACACAGCUAUCUAUGUCUAGUGCCAAUUCUAAGGAUGUUUUAUUGUACUGUUUUCAAUUGUUAUUGACUAUUUUUAAUGCGUAUAGCUUUUAAAUCCAAAUUUUGACAUCAGUAACGUAGUUACUACUGUUUCAUCGUAAUCCCCAUAUAGACACAGUUCAAAAUGAAAUAUAGUUUGAACUUUUCAUUAAUAUGUAAAUAAUUUUUAUGUUGAAUAUUAAAAGUUCUCUAAUAA